CAUUGUGCAGGGAUAUCAUCUUGCAGGCUACAACGGAUCAGUAGAUAUACCAUCAUACCCCGGUCUCGAAGAUCCUGUUUACCAAAAUAAUAACUCAUGUGGUGCAGGAGAAUUUUCUAAUCAGCAUGUGCACUGUGGAGUAGAGUCAAAUCUACAGAGUAGGGAUUCCAGUGCAACGGUUGCUGAUCAACCAGGUGAUGCUAUGCUUAAUAAUGGUUUUGGAAGUCAGGAUAGUUUUGGAAGGUGGGUGAACAACUUCAUUAGUGACUCUCCUGGUUCCGUGGAUGAUCCUUCCCUUGAAGCUGUAUAUACACCUGGGCAGGAAUCUUCUACUACUGCUGUAUUCCAUUCCCACUCUAACAUACCGGAGCAAGUAUUCAACAUAACUGAUGUUUCACCUGCCUGGGCCUUUUCGACAGAGAAAACAAAGAUUCUUGUAACUGGGUUCUUUCACGACAGCUUUCAACAUUUUGGAAGAUCAAACCUCUUCUGCAUAUGUGGAGAGUUACGUGUCCCCGCAGAAUUUCUCCAGUUGGGGGUUUACCGUUGCUUCCUUCCCCCUCAAUCUCCUGGGGUGGUGAACCUGUAUCUGAGUGUUGAUGGAAACAAGCCGGUCAGCCAAUUAUUCAGCUUUGAACACCGCUCAGUUCCAGUUAUUGAAAAAGCUAUCCCUCAAGACGACCAGCUAUACAAGUGGGAAGAAUUUGAGUUCCAAGUCAGACUUGCUCAUCUUCUGUUCACUUCUUCUAACAAAAUCAGCGUUUUAACAAGUAAAAUCUCACCUGAUAAUCUGCUAGAGGCUAAGAAACUCGCCAGCAGGACUUCCCAUCUCUUGAACAGUUGGGCUUAUUUAAUGAAGUCAAUCCAGGCGAAUGAGGUGCCGUUUGAUCAAGCGAGGGAUCAUCUCUUUGAGCUUACACUGAAAAAUAGGCUGAAAGAGUGGCUUUUGGAGAAGGUCAUCGAGAACCGUAACACUAAAGAAUAUGACUCUAAAGGCCUUGGAGUGAUCCACCUCUGUGCCGUCCUAGGAUACACUUGGUCGAUCCUUCUCUUCUCCUGGGCAAAUAUAUCGUUGGAUUUCCGUGAUAAGCAUGGUUGGACUGCUCUUCAUUGGGCAGCAUACUAUGGAAGGGAGAAAAUGGUGGCUGCUCUUCUGUCUGCUGGGGCAAGGCCAAACCUGGUGACAGACCCGACUAAAGAAUUCCUCGGCGGUUGCACGGCGGCUGAUCUGGCACAGCAGAAAGGUUAUGAAGGUUUAGCUGCUUUUCUUGCUGAGAAAUGUCUUGUAGCACAGUUCAAGGACAUGCAAAUGGCUGGAAACAUCACUGGCAACCUUGAAACCAUCAAGGCAGAGCAGGCGUCGAACCUAGGGAAUUCCAAUGAAGAUGAGCAGAGCCUGAAGGACACUCUGGCGGCGUACAGAACCGCUGCAGAAGCGGCAGCGCGGAUUCAGGGAGCGUUCAGGGAGCACGAGCUGAAAGUUAGGUCAAGCGCCGUUAGGUUUGCUAGCAAGGAAGAAGAAGCGAAAAACAUAAUAGCCGCGAUGAAGAUUCAGCACGCGUUCCGCAAUUUCGAGGUUCGUAGGAAGAUUGCAGCCGCUGCUCGGAUUCAGUACAGGUUCCAAACAUGGAAAAUGAGGCGGGAGUUUCUGAACAUGCGUAAAAAGGCAAUUAGGAUCCAGGCUGCGUUUAGAGGGUUCCAAGUAAGAAGGCAGUACCAGAAAAUAACAUGGUCGGUCGGAGUUCUUGAGAAGGCGAUUCUGAGGUGGAGACUGAAGAGAAAAGGAUUCAGAGGGCUUCAGGUUAGCCAACCUGAGGAGAAGGAAGGGGGUGAGGAGGUGGAGGAUUUCUACAAGACAAGCCAGAAACAAGCAGAGGAACGGCUGGAGAGGUCAGUGGUUAAAGUCCAGGCCAUGUUCCGGUCCAAGAAGGCUCAGCAAGAUUACAGAAGGAUGAAACUGGUUCAUGAAGAAGCUCAGCUGGAGUAUGAUGGGAUGCAAGAACUUGAUCAAAUGGCUAUGGAGGAGAGCUGAAUGCAACAACAAUGAAGAGGAGGUGGGUGCAGUGUGGUGGAACUGUAAAUUUGUGUAAAUGACGAGGGGCAAUUUCGACCUUAUAGAAGCUGUUUUCAAAAAGUUUCAAAAGGGUAAUGUGGUAAAUCGAGCCUGGAGCUGGGAGAUCUUCCAUAGAGCGUCUUGUCGUUAGUAAUUUUCUUUUGCUUUGUGGGAUUUGUAAAGUAGUCUUGUAUUGCUGCUGUGUUCUGUGACUUUUGUGAGAUUUGACGCUAAAAAGCUAAAACGUUUUUUAGUUUGUCUAUUAAAUUCUUUUCUAUUUUGGAUUUCUGACUUAUAAUAAAAUAUAUUUCAAUUA